AUUCAUCUGCAUAAAAAAUAGUUUUCUGUUUCAACCAACAAGAGAUUUUAAAUAGAAACUAACAAAUGCUCAAUCUGAGUUACAAGUGAUAAAAUAACAACCAAUCAAACAUCUACCAACUUGUUAAUUUUCAAUGAAAACAAAGAUCGAAAUCACUCAUACUAGUACAUGAAGUUUCCGUUCAACAUAACUACUAGCAAACCAUUCACGUUAGAACUAAUAUUUGUAUUUGUAAAUCUUUGGUAAACCAACCGAGAGCUAGUGGCACAUUGUUGUUAUAUCCAUCCUAUCCAUCAGUUUGCGAGAACGUUCAUUCCAAAGCAUCGUGACCGCCUCCAUUGAUAUCGAAACCGAAUGCUGACACGCCGAGAGCCAGCAAUUGAGAAUCUGCUGGCGAGAACACACGUUCCGUUUCGUUCGAUUCGUUUAUCCGAUUCCGAGUUGUUUGUUUUCUUUAAAAAAAAAACGCCGAGAACUUUAGUUUGAUGGUGCGGUGCGCGGUUGAAUAUUAAAACGUUCCGAUCGGUUGUGGCUAUUAGUGGCGGCGGUGGAGGAGGCACGAUGAUACGCGCGGCAAUGUUGACCAAGAACAUCCAACCAACAACGUGAUGCGUCAUAUCGGUACGAGAACCUUGAUCAUUUAUGGUGGUGCUACUAGAGAACACAAACAGAAACGACCGUUUUGAAUCAAGAAGUGUCCUAAUGGCCAACACAAACGGGACUUGUCCGAAACACACAAGAUAAGUACAACAAUUUUAUAAUCAGGCACCCAACUCUUUCUACUACUUUGCUAAUAGAUAAUGCAAUAUGCAUACUUCAAUAUCAAUUAUAUGUUUGUUUGCGCCUUUAUUUAUGACACUAUUGAAGCAUUCGUGUCGCCGCGAAAUAGUUUACAAUUUAUCUUAUUCACAUUUUUCAAUUCACUUUACUGCCCCCACUCGCAUAACAGUCCCAUUUGCAAAAAGUAGGAAUUGAGAAAACGGCAUUUGAAGUCUGAAAACUUUUUUCCAUAUAAAACAUUGAAAAAUCGCCAAAAUUUGAAAAAUAUUUCGAUCAUCUCGAAACUUUCACAGAUUGCUUUGCACAUGAAUAUAUAACUGUAAAAAAUAUUACAAUCACUACAAAGUUGUUCAAUUUUGUGUUACGUAACACCAAAAUUCAUGAUGGGACGGUUAUGCGGGUACUUUUGAUAUGGGAUGAUCAUAACUUGGUAUUUUUUUCACACAUUGACAUAAAAAUUCGUAGUUUUUAUUGUUGUUUUUGGAAGUACAUCAAACAUGAUGACUAUUCAUAACGUUAACUCAAAAGUGAUGAAAAGUCAAAUGGGACUGUUAUGCGAGUGGGGGCAGUUUAAAGUAUCUAACACUGCUUUUACAAUUGUGUAUGUAAACUUGUAUCUUAAUUAUAUUCAUUAUUAAUAGUAGUCUGAUAAUCUAAGUCUAGUGAUUUUUUCCCAAGGAAUAGAAAGAGUUGGUGUCAUAAUCAAUACAAUACUUGAAACUGGAAACUCCUUAUUUCCCCCUAUGGGUUAUAGGUAGGGGCGGGACAUUCGAGCCUACUCAUCAGUGGAAAGGACUUGAUAUGCUAAUCGGUUUAGCAUAGGGCAGAUACAAGUCUACUGGUAGACGUAUCGCCCAGCGAAACAACGCAGAUUGGCCACGGCCCGGGGGUGCGUUGAUUAUAACAGAAUAACAGAAUAACAGAAUCAACAAUAUUUAUGGUUGAUGGUUUGACAGCUCACUUACUCCUAUGGUAUUUCGUUGUUGUAAGGGGCUGUCCAUUUAUUACAUAAGGGAUUUUUUACGAUUUUUCGACACCCCCACCCCCCAUUGUAAGAUUUUUUGUAUGGGAGUCCGAAAACUUUCGUAUGGUCCGUAAGAUUUUUCAAACCCCCCUCCCCCCAUAAACCCUUACGUAAAUAAUGGACGGCCCCUAAAGACUGGAACGAGCAAAUUUUGGUCAUACAUUUUUUUCAUAACUUUGGACUGCGUACACCAAAAUAGCUGAUUUUUGGAUCAGUAAGUGCACAUUGUAUGUAGCUUAUACCAUAAAAUUUUCAUCAAAAUCGGUUUAGUAUUUGCGGAGAUAUUAUUGAAUCGUAAGCUCUGCAAUUUUAAAGUUUUGUACAAUGAGGAUUAAAAAAAAGAACACAUUUUUACUGUUUUAUGUAUAUAUCUAGAAAAAGUUAACCGAUUACAGUAUAAUUCGUAAUAAUAAAAAAUCCACAAACCAGCAGCGCUUCGAAGGCCGUUAUGCGAUAUCAUUACAGCUAGAAGCUGUAAUAAAGAAACUGUUGGUAUGCCAACACGGCUUGUCGGGUGUAAAUAUUAUUGUCAAAACAAACUUCAAGCGGGAUAUAUAACUACUACACAAAUACUUUACAGCUAUCGAUCUUUGUGCUGUGAAAUUAUUUGGGUUGCUUGUAUAGCACUUCAAUCCAACUCCGGAUAAUUUGCCGGAAGAUGUGCAAAUCGAAUAAGAGUUCCAACCAAUAAAACAACUGCUUUUAUACAGUACGUUUUGCAGCGCUUCGUAGCUAUUUAAAGAACAUUCUUUCAGCUAGAAGCUGUGACUUGCUUGCGUGAAGAAGCUACGGAACACGGUGGCCUAUAGCCAAUCAAGACAACCGAGGUAAUGAAUAUGCUAAAAGGGUUAUACGUAUUAGUAUAAUAGAAUUAUCGCCACAGCAAAUGAGGAGUAAUCUUCAGCAUGGAAUUUUAAAGCCACAAUAAAAUAUAUUGUUCAGAAAUUAAAUGAAGUUUAUACUCUUGAAACAUAUACUAAUAUGGUGUUCAAAAAUAUUUCAGAUUUGAAUACAUCUCCCACACCGAAAUGAUUUACGUGCAAAAUGUCCCAUCAUCAAAUUCUAGCGAAGCUUCAUCUCAUUGCUCUAUUUUUGUGGAUUGUUAUGAAAUAUCAGCCGGAGGAAAGGAUAUCCACAGUCCAGUUGCUAACGCAGCAGUGCCUAUAUGAUACUACCAUUAUCUGCCCGGAAUGCUUUCCGGAACCGGUCAACUGCAGCUAUUUCGAAAACUUCAUAGCCAUCGACGACAACGAACUAUUGGGAGGGAUAGUGAACCGUUUCGACCAGCAUGGUGUUCGAUAUGGUACUUUGACGAAUAGCGAGCAGAGAAUUGUAAUUAAGAAUCUCAAUAGGAAGGGUGUUGUGCAAGAAUCAAUAGGCUCGGUAUGUAAUGAACUGGAUAUUGCUGAAACAGAAAACUGCCAAAUACUAAAUGGAGAAGCAUUUCUUCGAGCACUUCGUAGCCGUGUACUGGAUGAGAACCUACUGGAAGGUGCCAUAUUUUGUCCAGCUAUGGAUGAGCAAGCUUUGGACAAGUUCUUGGGGCUGACUGAUGAAUGCGAUUUGAAUAAAGUCUUAUUGAUGCGAGUAAAUGCUCAACCACUGCUAUUGAAGAUACUGAAGGAGAGUAAUUUUCCAAUACCAAAGUUCAUAUUCCAAGGAGGGUUUACCUUAGUGGAAAGUUACGAAGGCGAAACAUUGGCCAAAUUUUAUGAUAGACCGUUGAAGGACCGAUUGUUGAUAGCUAAUGAACUCAUAAAGGCAAGCCUGAAUUUUACCACGGGUUUUUACAGCUUCAGGUUUUACCUAACGGAUAUUAGUCCAGAUAACAUUGUGGUACACAUGUCUUCCCCCAACGAGAUAAAAGUUGUAUUUGUAGAUCUGAAUAAUGUGAUUAUACUAGACAGCCAUAGUAAAAGACUGAAUCAACAGAAACACACACAUGCUCGAAUCGAUUGCGAUGGUUGUUUUGCCUAUGUCCAAGAGGACAUUUGUACUCACCAAAGCAGUGAUAUUAAUUUGUUUGCAGUUUGUCAGUUACUCUUAGAAAACCUGAAUGGAGACAGCGGAAGAGGGUUUCUGCACAGCUUGGGAGCUGGCCCCAAAGAAGAAACUCUGCGAACUUUACUACAACAUUGCGUUUACUGCCAACCACCCUACUGUGAGGAUCGUCAGGAGCUUCUUCAACGGAUAAUGAAAACUAUACAAGACGUUGUAUACUAAUAUGCCUUGGAAUAAAUAUAAGUUUUAAAAUUCUUA